AUGAAGUCAGCCCACGAAUGCGAGUUCAAGUGGAAGGACGAGCUCAAAGCCUACGACGAAAAGAUGAAGGACAGAGGCUCCUUUGGCCCAAAUGUAUGGACCGUUAUCGACUUGGCGCUGCCCAUGGCUCAGUGUUUGCUAAGCUCGGUGCUCCUGGUGGUCUACUUUUUCGGCUUGGACAAGUGGCUGAUGGAAUCGAAAUCCUUCGUUAUGUUUCUGGCUGCGUGGUUGGUGAGCGUGAUUGUCUUAGCUCGAUCUAGGGAAUCCAAGGCCAGGGAACAGUUGUAUGAGACUAUGUUGCCCUUCGAGGCCAGGGAGAUGCGGAAGAGGCACGAGCGGGAGUUGGUGCUUUUGAAGGCGGCUCAUGAUCGCGCUGUUCAACGAGUGUAUCUCCCUGAGCAGGAGUCACGGACGUGA